CGACACCAUUUCAAUUCUCAUAUUUAAGGCGCUAAUCUAGGAGACAGUUCUAAUAAGAGGCGUCAGCUAGACGCCAUUAGCGAUUAUACUGCUUGUACAAGUUAACUGAAGUGUGAUAUUUGACGGUAGCUAUAGGCGAUCCGACUAUAGAAAGAAAAGCUCAGUGUCGCAUAAUUCUCGGAUAGUGAAAAUGCGGGAAAAUUCAAAUUUUGCCUUUGCUUCCUUGUCAGCCGCAAGCAUACGUUUGAAAUCGUUGUUUACCGUGUAUUGUUUGCGUGUAGUCAGCGUAACACUGAUAAUUUCAUGUUCCCCGUUGAAUUGGAGAUGUCACAGAAGAUAGCACAUUUAGCCGUGCACGUUUAUGGAUUAUGAUGGGAGCUCGGUCUCUUAUUAUAUCAUGGCUAUUAGGCGUGGCUGUACUGACUAGCGCACAGGAUGCUUUGCGAGCAAGACCUCCGCGAAGAUCGACUUCAACGGAACACCUGGACAAACUGAGUCGCGAUGAACUGCUGCAUAUUUUGGGCGAAAUUGAAAGCUCAGGGUCUGUAAAAAGCACGAAGACCUCGACACCUGCGAAAACUACGGAUUACAGUACCUAUCCCUCUGUAACAGCACCGCCGCGCAGGGCAUAUACCACUCCUCAGCCAAGCGCUCCGCGGUAUUUUACGACACUAAAGCCUGUGCCCAGCUCAUCAGAUAUUGAUGACCUCAUUAAUAAAUACAAGAACCGAAAGAAUCAAUCAGGAUCAACGACGGUCGAGGACCUGCUGCGUCGUCUGCGGAAUAGUAAUCGCUAUGCACCUUCAGCACCAUCGUCCACAUUCAACUUCCCAGGGCCAAACUACGCUUCAAGAUAUCCCGCAUCAUCCUCUGGAUCUUCUUCUUCUUCGUCUUCACGAGGUUCACUCCCGUAUCCCACUUCGUACAAUCCAGCUCUCUACCCGACACAGCCCUCCUCUUAUCCCCCAUACCCGUCGUCGUAUGGAAGCUCGUAUCCGAUCCCGCACGGAACUUUUGGAAGCAGUUCUUCCAGAGGUACAUUCUACACUACACAACCGAGCUCCCGGUUAUACCCGUCACUUCCUAGCAAUAUUCACUCAGAUGGUUAUUCCCCUUCGGGUACUUUUGGAGGCUCUGCGCCAAAAUAUGUGACUACAACUAAAAAGCCCAAAAAGAAUUUCUUCAGCAAGAUCUUUGGUUAAAGUAGUGAUGUACGUUUUUUUCAAAUGCCCGCUUUAUGAACCAGCGAAAAGUGUUUAACCUGGGAGAACCGUCGAAGGGAUAAACCAGGCGUUAAAAAGUUGAUUAUUGAUACCAUAUUGAACUCAUAUCACAACACAACGAAGUGGAAAAAACUAUGCAAUCAUAUUAGCAGCCUAUACUCUAGCAACACAACCUAGUGUCCUACCCAUUUAGGCGUCACGACUCAAGUCCAACUUCUAGCUAAACGUAAAUAAAAAGUAAGCGGAUGAAUAUUUUCGCCCGAGGCGGCCUGCGUGCCUGAUUUUACUUUGGCAGGGUAUAAUUUUAUGGCGUGAUGAUGACAGUAAGAUUGAAAUGGCAGUCGUACGAUCGAUGCAAAAACUAAUCGUAUGUUUCAGUUGAGCUGGCCAAUACAAAGUUAAGGCUUAAAAAUAAUUACUCAUUGAAUAAACUGCCGUAACAAUUGAUAGAAUGUUGAUCUUAGAUACUUGAAAAGUCUAAAAAUUGACUAUGGCUCGAAAGAAGCACUAAUUUUCCAUUUGCUAUAUAGAAGUGAGGCGACGGAUGACAGUGUAGCGAAGACGGUUUUUUUUUUCUAUUUUUUUUUUGUGUAACAUUUUAUCGUCAUUUUGUGGCCUUAAAUAAACGAAAUUUGUAAAAGA